AUGACUGAUGCAUUUGAUCAGGCGUUAGAGAAUCCAGAGACUGCAUCUCAAAUACACUUGCCCACCAAUGACGUUGAUUUAGGCGAUCUCGGUAGUGAUGAAAGCUCCUCAUCAUCAUAUGAAAGUGAAGAUAGUGAUGAGGAGGAAGAAGAAGUGGCAGAGUACGGAGACGCAGAAGAAGAAGAAGAAGGUGGCGGUGGCGAUGUCAUUAAAUCAAAGCACGAAGUGACCGAGGAACAAGUGCCUGAUUUACCCGAUGAUUAUGAAAUACCGGAAAGCGCUACGAUCUCACCGAUCGGUAAAAUAAAAAGUGCAUUUGAUAACAAUAUUAUCAUUGAAGCAGUAGUUUCCGGGGAGAAAAGGGUUCUAAAGGAAGGCUCCAUCCUCUGCCUUGAGGACAAGAGUCUAAUUGGUAUUCUUUGUGAAGUUUUUGGACCACUACAGAAACCAUUCUAUAGGGUUGCACUGCCCGUUUCCAAGAAGGAAAGAUUCGAUCAACUAAAGGAACAACUUGGCUCAAACGUAUGCAUCGUUGUUCCCGAAGCUCACUGGGUUGAUACUUUUGAACUGAAAAAACUAAAAGGUACGGAUGCAUCCAAUGGCUACGAUGAAGAAUUACCAGAGGAAGAACAAGAAUUCUCUGAUGAUGAGAAGGAAGCCAUCUCUAAAAAGAUGAAGAAAGAACAGAAUAAGAAGAAAAAAGAAAAUGGAAAACCAAAACAACCCAGGUCUGGAGGUGUGGAUAAAAUUCCAAAUAAUUUACAAUCAAUGAAAGUUCCGCAGGCGAUGACAUCUGUUUCUUAUAGAUCAAGAAAUUCUCGACAGGCACCACAGCAAAGUCCACCUGCAGCAUAUGAACAACCUCAUCAUCAAUAUCAACCACCUCGACCAAGACCACAAGCAAUACCACAACCGCAGUUACCACCACAGACGCAACAACCAAUUUAUCAACCUCCACCCACUCCAUACAAUUAUGGUGUGCCCUACGUGCAGCAGUCGCCAUCGUUUCAACAGCCGCCAUCGUUUCAACAGCCGCCAUCGUUUCAGCCGUUCGUAUCACCGUACCCCCAGCCUCAGCCGUUGUAUCAGGCUCCAAUGUACUACCCGCCUCAACCUCAGCCACAAUUCCCAAUGCCAGGACCGGCACCAGGACCAGGACCAGCUCCAGCACCAGUGCAACAAAACAUGCAACAGGUAUUACAACUGCAUCAACUGUUAGUUCAACAACAACAACAGCAACAACAACAGCAACAAGGGCAAAAUCAGCAUUUCAAUUACGACGACUAA